GUAAUGCCGCGCGUGCCAGAGAAUGUGUGACCGUUGGUAUUUAAAAAUAAGUUAGUCAGUGUGAGCUGCUGAAGACGCCUCGGGCUACUUUGUUGUACUGUUGUUCCGAUAGCGGUAUUGUUCUUACACCAGAGACUGAGGCUCCACCGGCUGUUAGCACAACUCACUGACUUUCUCAGUGACUUCAUUUUUUUUCCUUUUCUUUUCUUUGAACAAGGGAAAUUGGACACGGACAUGUUUUUUGUCUCGUUUCGAAGAUGGUCUUGGCAUAUUUCCAUUUGGCCCAUGUAAUCCAGAGUGACAGAUUCUCUCAGAAACACACAUAGAGAGUUCAGACCUGCUGCAGUGACGUUCAUGGAGGUCCACUGGCUCCUGCUGCAGCUCAGAACCAGCCUGCUGCUCCUGAGCAUGAUGGUACUGGCUGCAUCCAGCCGAGGCAUGUACACCAAUUCCUGGGCCGUUCACAUCCUUGGGGGCAAGGAGGAGGCCCAGCGCAUCGCCCGCAAGCACAGCUUCAUCAACCACGGCAAUGUGUUUGGGGACUAUUAUCACUUUCAGCACAGGGGCGUUGUGAAGAGGUCUCUGUCUGGCCACCACGGGGUUCAUGUCCGUUUGCUCAGCGAACCACAGGUGGUUUGGGCAGAACAGCAGGUUGCCAAGCGGAGGAGGAAGAGGGAUAUUUACAGCGAGCCUACAGACCCAAAGUUCCCCCAGCAGUGGUACCUAUACAACCCCAGUCGGCGAGACCUGCAAGUGAAAGAAGCCUGGGCUCAGGGUUUCACAGGGAGGGGAGUCGUCAUUACCAUCCUGGAUGAUGGCAUUGAGAAAGAUCACCCGGACCUGGUACAGAAUUAUGAUCCAGAUGCAAGUUAUGAUGUGAAUGACAGAGAUUCUGACCCACAGCCCAGAUACACACAACUCAAUGACAACAGACAUGGGACUCGCUGUGCUGGAGAGGUGGCUGCCGCAGCGAACAAUGGUGUCUGUGGAGUAGGUGUGGCCUACAAUGCCAAAAUUGGAGGUGUGCGUAUGUUGGAUGGUGAGGUGACAGAUGUGGUGGAAGCUCAGUCUCUAAGCAUCAACAACCAACACAUCCAUAUUUACAGUGCCAGCUGGGGCCCAGAGGAUGAUGGGAAGACGGUGGACGGCCCUGCCAAGCUGGCUAAGGAGGCUUUUCUUCAAGGAGUCACUGAGGGUCGAGGUGGUCUGGGCUCGAUUUUUGUGUGGGCAUCAGGUAACGGUGGCCGGGAGAAGGACAGCUGUAACUGUGAUGGCUACACCAACAGCAUCUACACAUUGUCCAUUAGCAGCACGACUCAGUAUGGCAAUGUGCCAUGGUACAGCGAGGCCUGCUCCUCCACACUCGCUACCACCUACAGCAGUGGCAACCUCAACGAGAAACAGAUUGUGACAACCGAUCUGAGGAACAAGUGCACGGAUUCACACACUGGCACGUCUGCUUCAGCCCCUCUGGCUGCCGGCAUUAUUGCUCUCGCCCUGGAAGCUAAUAUGAAUUUGACCUGGAGGGACAUGCAACACCUGGUGAUUAGAGCAGCACGUCCCGCCCACCUCAUCACAAACGAUUGGAGGACCAAUGGAGUAGGCCGCUUAGUGAGCCACUCAUAUGGCUAUGGUCUGCUAGACGCAAGUGCCAUGGUGGCAUUGGCCCGGAACUGGACCAGCGUGGGGCCGCAACACAAGUGUGUUAUCGACAUGCUAACUGAACCCAGGGAUGUGAGGAACCAUCUGGUGUUCAGCAAGAGUGUGGAUGCCUGUUUAGGACAGCCUGAUUUUGUGAGCUCACUGGAGCAUGUGCAGGCCAGACUCACACUAUCAUACACACACAGAGGGAAUCUGGCCAUCCACCUCUUCAGCCCUCUGGGGACCCGAUCCACACUGCUAGCUCCCAGGCCCCAGGACAAUUCGCCAGAGGGUUUCAAUGACUGGGCCUUCAUGAGCACACAUGCAUGGGAUGAGGACCCACAAGGAGAGUGGACACUGGAAAUAGAGAAUGUGGCUGGGCUUAAUGAUUAUGGUGUUCUUUCACAGUUCACACUAAUUCUAUAUGGAACAGGCUCCAGUGCUGUGGACCCAUCUGCUUCGGAUUUCAGCCGGCCUUCCAACAACAGCUGUAAAACCUUUGAUGCCCAGCAGAUCUGCAUUGAGUGCAGCGCUGGUUUGUGGCUCUUUCUACAAGGCUGUGUGAAGUCCUGCCCUCCAGGUUUCACGGCCGGCCUGCAGCUCCUCAACCUCUCUCUGGAGAACUGGGUGGAGCAGUCCUCGGUGCAAGCAUGCCUGGUCUGCCACCCUGCGUGUCUGACGUGCUCUGGGCCUGGUGAGGCCGAGUGCCUGUCCUGCCCACCCCAUAGCCACCUAGUGGGCAUGUCAUGUCUGCAUCAGAACCAGGUGCAGCGCAAAUCUCCCAUAAGCCCAGUGCUCCACAGUGAGGGAGUGGAGGAGUCAGAGAUGGCCAAAAUGGAGACAUCCUCACAUCUGCCUGUACUUGUGGCUGUGCUGAGCUGUGCCUUCAUUCUGGCUACGUUCGCAGCUGUUUUUGUGCUACUGCAGCUGCACUCAGGAGCAGCCAGCGCCCCCUUCUGUAGGAGGACCAAACUACAGGUGACAGACUCGAGCGGCAGAGGCGUGCGGGUCGGAUUCGGCUUUGGCUUCGGAUUGGGUCGGGAUUUGACUAACAGCAGGGUGUUGUACCAAGGGAUUCCCACUGUGUGGGGGGACGAGGACACUGCAGGAGGGGUGAACUCGGAAUCAGAGAAUGAAGAACUGGACUGCCACAGCGAAAAGACAGCUUUUAUACAGACACAGAGCGGUCUCUAGUGCUCCCAAUAACCUAUGUCCUGCUUUUCACAUGCCUCAGUCUUCCUCUCGCAGGGCUAGUGAGCUGAUCUAUUCACUUAUUUUCUCUCUGUCUCUCCCACCUAGUGCAUUGUAGUCAGGCCACCGGACUGGAGUUAAGAAACAAGUCUGCCUCACUUCAGGCCCUGCUAUGUUCUGGACUCUCCCAAGAGAGCGAGCGCACGCAUACACACACACACACACACAGACACACACACACACACACACACACACACACACACACACACACACAGAGGCAUACAGCUAGGUGUAUGUGUUCAGGAGAGAGAUACAGAGCUGUGGCAUGAGUCAUUCUUGUGGUUGGAUUUAAGUCUCUGAUGACUCCCAGCAGGACAACCUGGCUCCACAAGGCUGGAAGUUCCCUUUAUUUUGAAUCCCUUUAUUUUGAAUUCUCAGUGGUGGCUUGAGUCGUGAGAUUUAAAUUGCGAAUUAAGAUUAGUGUGUGUGAGUAUGAAUGCUAAUGUUUCAUUUAGAGCUGAAAAGGGCUGAAUUUACUCCAGUUGGCCUUUUAUUAUCAGUGGUCAAGACUGAAUUUAUGCACAAUAAUUUUUGAUUAGCCAGUGAUCAUUGCAUAAAGCUCAUACGUGUAUGUAGUUUUAUCAUCAAUGCAUUAUACACCAAAACUUGCUAAUUACUGUCUCUCACUCUCUGUGUCAAUAAGUUUGUUACAUUCCUAUAUUUGUUAUGGUUAUUGCUUAAACAGUUCUCAGUAAGACAUCAGAAGAUUGCUUGGAUCAUUCUGAAAACAGUGGAGGUAGACAAGAGUGGCAUUUGAGAAUAACAGACUCAAAGAGAGUCUCAGUAAGCCCUUAAGCAAUCUGCAAGAAACUCAACCCACAGGGAGAGCCAAAUAUUGUUGUAAUACUGUCCAUGCAUUGGCCUGUCUUCUGAAAGCCUUCAGUGUACCGAAUGGAAGCAUGCUGAAAAUUCAGAUUCAGCAUCCAUGUGACUGUUGCAAAUACUCUUCAAAUUAUAAUGAAGCUGGUUGAAUCAGGAUAUAGUUUGGAUAAUCCUGUGAAAAUUAUUACAAGAGGAUCCUGAAUGUGUAUGUAGUUCCAUCUUUUAUUAGUGCUUCACCAAUACAAAUCAAUCACAGUGAAAUAGCACCCUAAUGAUUAUCAAAAGCAGUAGAUUGUUGCAGUGAAACACCAUGGUAAAACAGAGGAAUAGCUGAGUUCAUAGUUCACAAAUAUUUUCACAUAAAUCCACUGUCUGAGAAAUAAGUUCUAGCUUUAAGGUAUCCAUACAGUGGUAAAUUUAAUUAAAUUUCCAAUGUAAUAAAUUAUAUGCAGAUAAUCAUGUAGAUCAAGGCUGGCCAGUUCCAGUCCUGGGGUCCAGCACAGUUUCCUGUUCAUGGACACCCGAUGUAAAUUCAGCAAUUAAUUGCCGAGUUUAGUAGAAAUGUGAGAUCACCAAACUGUGCUGGAUUCCAGACUGUGCUGGAGCACUGCUGGUCUAGAUCAGCAUUUCACAAUGAGGAGACAAUCCCUGGCAGUUUCAAGUUGAAUCUGGAUACACACACCUAACAGGACUCCUCGGCUGUCAGGCAGGUCAUGAGUUGGGUCAAGUGUGUUGGGUGUUAGUUAACCUUAACACCGUGCAGGGCAGGGGGGCCCAAAACUGGAUUUGAGAAACUUUGAUCUAGAUCAUCCAUAAGCAAGAGACUUGUUAUGGAUAAAUUGGCUUGGAACAUCUGGGAGUAGAAAUAACCUUGUAUAAUGAGUUUUCUCUUUUCUCAUGCAGUGGGCAGAGUAAUUUUCUUUGCCCCAAAGGAAGUUUUAUUGAUUUUGAGGUUUGAUGCACUAAAAGCUGUCAGAACCAGUGUGGUAAGGGGCUCAAGAGAGUGUUUGGCAUUUGUUUUGUGGAAGAUCAAUGUAAGCCCUGUGAUUGGCUCUUUCUGUGUUCCAAGCUUUGGAUUUUGUAAUAGUGUAGUUGCAGUAAACACUACAAACCCCCAUGGUGGAAAUGCUGCUCAUGUACAGCACUAAAAAUUCCUGUUUCAGAAAUAAUAGGUAUGAGGAGCAACGAGUUCCAUCCAUCAAUCAUGUGUUCAUAAUUUUAAAAAUGUCAGUUAUCUUAUUAAAUUAAUUUUAAUUAAAUUCUCUCUGGUCA